UCCGGUCACUGGCCGCGAGCCAAACAGAACCAACCGAUUGACUAGUGACUUUAACGAUUGGCCAGAUCUCGCCCUUAUUUUAUCGCGAUUAAGAUUAUUUUUUAAAACAAUAACAACAAUUAUUAUAUAUUUAUCAAAAAAAAAAUUUUAUUUCUCUCAUUUAAAGAAGAUAAUUGCGCGCCAAUUUACACGUGCGGAGCUCCAAUUAAGAAGAUUUAUUAUUUUAUCUGCCACAACAUUUAACCUUAAAAAUAUUCAUCCUAAAGACGUUGGAUAACAUUCAUCGUUCAGAGUAACAGGUGCACGUGACAGCUGAAGAAACUAGACAAAGUGGUUGAUAAAAAAUAAGCUCCGGGAAAAGAAAUAGGGAAACUUAGUUGGAAGUUUAAUCUCGUGAUGCGGUGAUGGCUCUGUUGUACAGAUUCGCGCAGCUACCAGAUCGCGGUGGCACGCGGGUCUUCUCUUUUGUGGUAACCCGAAGCGUUGUACGGGAUCCUGAGAGAGACGUCACCAGCAAAGAACUUGUUUGUGGAUUUCAAAGAUGGGCAGUUGCUUUUUCACGCGGAGACAAGGUAUUGGGAGUAUAUUUAGUUUGGCGUGGAGCAGCUCCAGGUCUUCGUGUUUACGUUGACUUCACAUUUACGCUGCUAAAUCGAGAGCAUUUUUCCGUCAACGAGGGUUUCUCUGGCAAACGAGUUAAGUUUACCUAUGAUGCACCGGCUCAAGGGAACAGAAAUUACAUACCCGUAUCAGAUUUGUACAGCAGAAACUUUGCCGACCCAAAUGGAGAGUUUCAGCUGGAACUAUCGAUGGCAAACGUUAGGACGGUAUUUUCAGCAGAAGUACGACUUCCCACUGGAAUGUUUACAGCAGGACACUCUAAGUCAAAUAAAUUAGAGACAAGUUAUUUUACAUUCGGUGGAUUCGAUUGGAACUUGGCAAUUUAUCCGCAAGGCAACAAGGAAGACGAGCCACGUUCUGAAGGUAAAUUGAGUGUCUAUCUAAUACGGCUGACGGGUUUCGACCAUCGCUGCCGUGUGCGAUACAGCCUGGUGCUGGGAGAGGGUGAGAGAAGAAUUGAGUCAGGUCAAAUUGAUGAUCUGUCAGAUGCAGAGGGUAGAGGUUACGGUUGGCAUACUCGUGUCCGUUGGUCGGAUAUCGCUCACAAGGGUACACUGCGUGUAUCUUUGGAAAUGAUUGAGGCACGUACAUUUUCCGAGGUCGCGGUUCAAGCACUCGGACCAACAAUGUUACCCGCAGCGCCUUGUUAUGACCGUGACAAGCAGGCUUGGACAGUGCGCGCUGACUUACACUCAGACACUGUUAGAUUUCAUUUGGUCUACAAAGACAUACAUAACGUGCCGCGUAAUCAUUUGAGGUACAUCAGUUGGUCCGCGUAUUUGAUACGAGGCGAUGAACCGGACAUCGAGACGAUUUUAUUACCCGGAGCUCCAUUUAGUCGAUACUAUCCUCAAGAGCCAGCUGACGAAGGUAUCAUAAUGGAAACAAGUCUCGGUGUCAAUGAAGUUAACGACGACCACUGUCCCUUCCUAUCGGACAAGGGUCAACUGAGGGUCAGGCUCGAGUGGAAUGAAAGUCAUCUACUAUUCCAAGCUACUUACCACAAAUACGACGAUGUCUGCCGUGUACAUAACCAACAGAUGAGACGUGAAAUAGCUGCGCUUCAAGCCGAGAAUUACAGUCUCGAACGUCAAUUGUUUAGCUACCAGAAGAGUCUCGCUUACGCUCAAGCACAACAGCAACAAGCGGUUCAAGGAGUUCCACCGCCUACCAGCCAACAUUCACCGCACGCCGGUGCUUUGGAAAGAUCCGCCUCAACGGACACCGAAUACGCCUGA